CAUUUACCUCACUCUGGAUGCUGCAGGCUCCACACGGACACUCCUUCCAGUCAAUAGCUCGGUUCUCCAACGGUUUUAUUCCUUUUUAAAACACAUUUAUUUUUUACAACAGCCAUCAUCAUGAACGCUCUGAACCAGCAGUAUGAGGAGAAGGUGCGUCCCUGCAUUGACCUCAUUGACUCUCUUCGCUCUCUGGGUGUAGAGAAGGACUUGGCGCUACCUGCUAUCGCCGUGAUUGGAGACCAAAGCUCGGGGAAGAGCUCCGUGUUGGAGGCGCUGUCAGGGGUGGCUCUGCCGAGAGGGAGUGGCAUUGUGACAAGAUGUCCUCUCGAACUGAAGAUGAAGAGAAAGAAAGAAGGAGAGGAGUGGUACGGAAAGAUAAGCUACCAAGACUUUGAGGAAGAGAUAGAAGACCCUGCAGAUGUGGAGAAAAAGAUUAGAGAAGCUCAGGAUGAAAUGGCCGGGGUCGGGGUGGGGAUCAGUGAUGACCUCAUCAGUCUGGAGAUCGCCUCUCCUGAUGUUCCAGACCUGACGCUCAUUGACCUGCCCGGCAUCGCCAGGGUGGCUGUAAAGGGACAGCCAGAGAACAUUGGAGACCAGAUUAAGAGACUGAUCCAGAAGUUCAUCACAAAACAAGAAACCAUCAGCCUAGUGGUUGUUCCUUGUAACGUGGACAUAGCAACCACAGAGGCUUUGAACAUGGCCCAGCGGGUGGAUCCUGAUGGAGAGAGGACUUUGGGUAUCUUGACCAAGCCUGAUCUGGUGGACAAAGGGACGGAAGAGACCGUGGUUGACAUUGUCCAUAAUGAGGUCAUCCACCUGAAGAAGGGCUACAUGAUCGUCAAGUGCAGGGGUCAGAAGGAGAUCACAGAGAAGGUUUCUCUUACUGAAGCAAUAGAAAGAGAGAAAGCCUUCUUCAAUGAUCAUGUGUUUUUCCAAACUCUCUACAAUGAUGGCCAUGCCACUGUUCCUAAACUGGCUGAGAAACUCACACUUGAGCUGGUGCAUCACAUUGAGAGAUCUCUGCCUCGACUUGAAGAGCAGAUAGAGGAGAAACUACAACAGACUCGUGCAGAGUUGGAGAGAUAUGGCAACGGACCUCCAUCUGACGCAGCUGAGAGACUCAUCUUCCUCAUUGAUAAAGUGACAGCCUUCACUCAGGAUGUCAUCAGUCUGACUAAAGGAGAGGAACUUAAGUGUGGAGACAGCAACAUAUUUUCUACACUCAGAAAAGAGUUUGGGAAGUGGAAUGCCCACCUGGACCACUCAGGAGAAAACUUUAACGAGAAAAUUGAGAGAGAGGUGGAGGAGUAUGAGGAGAGGUACCGUGGAAGAGAACUGCCAGGCUUCAUCAACUACAAGACCUUUGAGUUCAUGGUCAAGGAGCAGAUCAAACAGCUGGAAGAACCAGCUGUCAAGAGACUCAAGGACAUAGGAGAUGCUGUUAGGAAGGUGUUCAUACAGUUGGCCCACAGUAGCUUCACUGGAUAUCCCAACCUCAUGAAAACAGCCAAGGCAAAGAUUGAAGCCAUAAGGCAAGAAAAAGAGUCCACGGCUGAAUCCAUGCUGAGAACCCAGUUCAAGAUGGAGCUGCUUGUUUACUCUCAGGACAGGACCUACAGCAGCAGUUUGAAUGACAGAAAGAGAGAGGAGGAAGUUUUGUCUGAUGAUGAUGAUGAAAUACGCAGCUAUGUGUCUGAUGAUGGAUUAAGCAUGGAACAUGCCACAUUUCAGCAGCUGAAGUUGCAUCUGAAGUCCUAUUACAAAAUUGCCAGCCAGCGUCUGUCUGACCAGAUCCCACUGGUGAUCCGCUACCAGAUGUUGCAGGAGUCUGCCGUCCAGCUGCAGAGAGAGAUGCUGCAGGUGCUGCAGGACAAGGAGAAUUCGGAGUUCUUGCUGAAGGAGGAUUUUGACAUUGGCAGCAAGAGGGCUGCUUUGGAAAGUCGCCUCAAACGCCUCAUGAAGGCCCACGCAUACCUGGUGGAGUUCUAGAGGGUAUCAAGGCCUGACAGCAUGAUUUAGCUCUAUAAUCAUUCACAUAUAUUAAUAUUUGGCUACAUUAGGGUUACAGUGGGUCUUGAGUGUAUACUGUAUACAAGUUAUUUUUUUGAUGCAACAGCUAAAUCAGAAUAUUUGAACAUGUCAUCAUACCAGACUUGGAUAUUGUUGGUAAUUAAUACGUUUGACCAGGUUCUUAAUGUACUCUGACUGUUCCUGAUCUUUUUUUAAAAAUAUUUUUAAACUACUUCGGAGGAGCUCCUAUACUUAACACAGCACACUUGAUACAUGGUAUAAUAGCAUAUAGAUUAGCUUACUUAUUUUAAACUUUUUAUAUACUUUCUCACCAUAUUUUUUCACAUUAUGUAAGCCAAAUCUAUCUGUCCUGUUAUUUGUCUAUGCAGUUUAAAUAGUGUGCUUAAACCUAAUGAUAAUGAAACAGAUAAAAAAAGUAACCAUCAUGUGCUCUGUUCAGUGUGUGGUUGCUAGUGCGGACAUCACAGGUUGCCAGUUGCCUGGUUUCAUGCUGCACCACAUCACCUAAAAGCUGAACUCCUCCUGUUUCAGGCCGGGACAGGAAACACCACUGGCCAACUUUCUGACAAAUGAGUUCAUGUUGGGAGGGACCAGGCUUGAGCUAUUUUACAUCUUAUACAUUAUCUAAGUUUAACAUUGGGUGUCUUUGGUUUUUGAUUUGUCAUUAUUUUCAAAUAUUUCUAUACAUUGUAAAAACUGACCACUGUUCAUCUGAAAGUUUCUUUAGGCAAUAGAAACAAUCACAACUAUCUGUACCUGAUAUUCAAUAAGAAUUCAUUCAAAAGAGUAGCCUAAUGUUACUGGUGGUUAAGAUUGGCGGAGUGAUAUCAUGCAAAGUAGUGUUAAGUUGUCCUACUGUUAAAGUGGACAUUAAAGUGGAUCAAGUAACACAGAUGAAGUUGUCCCUGUGCUCUUGCCAUACCCACGACCCAAAGUUAGCUUUAAUACAGUAACUAUCAAGUUUAAAGUUAACGCUAAGAGUGACCAGCGUUACAAUAUCUAUUAAAUAGGUAGAAGUUCAUGAACAAAUCUUGCUGUAUUAGAGGAAACAGUAUUUAAUCAUAAUUUUUACAUUAUAAUUCUAUUAAAAAAAUACAAAUAUUA